CCCAAACCCUGCCCUCGAAAGCGGCUGGAGGCGGAGCCUGUCGCCCCCGGGUUCAACGGGCGUCCCUAGGUGUUUGUCCUCCGUCCCCCGGGUAUGGCUCUCCCGGCUGAGGGAGGCCGCCUGUCGCAGUGAGACAUGAUCAAGGCUCCGCCGGGUAGCGCGGCAGAGGAGGCCGGGACGGAGGGGGCCGAGCGUGCUAGCGCAGAGGCGCAGCGGGGGCCGCGAGCCGCUGAGCCCACAUCGGGGCAGUGAAGACCAUUGCUAGGAAGAAUUCCGAAUCAAUGAUGAACACAAUGAGCAUGAAGAUGGCUCAGAUCUUAAGACCACAUCUAAUGAGCGCUUCACUGCCUCCUCCUGGGGUAAAAAUGCUUUCGGACCCUGCAUCUAGGAUGCUCUCCACCCAUAAAUCUAAGAAGACGAUCAAGGAAUAUUACAGGCUGCUGAACCUAGAUGAGGGAUGCUCUGCAGACGAUGUCAGGGACUCUUUCCAUAAGCUUGCCAAGCAGUAUCACCCAGACAGCGGCUCUGAUAAGGCUGAUUCUGCAACAUUUAUAAAGAUCGAAGAAGCUUAUAGGAAUGUGCUUUCCCAUGUCAUAGAACAAACACGUGCCCGAGAGAAGAAAGCUGAAGACACAGAGGAAGAAGAGAAAUUCAAAUAUAGAACACCUCAGCACCGGCAUUACUUAAGCUUCGAAGGCGUUGGCUCUGGGACACCAAGUCAACGAGAGAAACAGUACAGACAGUUUAGGGCAGACCGUGCCGCGGAGCAGGUGAUGGAAUACCAAAAGCAGAAACUCCAGAGGGAGCACUUUGCAAACAGCAUAACUGUCCAAGACGUAAGACAGAGCAAAGAACGAAAGAUAACUCAAGCCAUAGAGCGCCUGGUGGAAGACCUCAUUCAGGAGUCGAUGGCAAAAGGAGACUUUGACAACCUCAGCGGGAAAGGAAAGCCUCUGAAGAAGUUUUCUGGCUGUUCUUAUAUUGAUCCCAUGACUCACAACCUAAACAGAAUAUUGAUAGAUAAUGGCUACCAACCAGAGUGGAUUUUGAUGCAGAAGGAAAUCAAGGAUACCAUCGAGCAACUUCGAGAAGCACUUUUAGUGUCUAGGAAGAGGCUUGGGAACCCGCUGACACCCGGGGGCCAGAAACAGUGGAACCAAGUGUGUGAGCAGUUUCAAGAAGACAUCCGGAAGCUAAACAAGCGGAUCAGUGACUUCAACCUGAUCGUUCCCAUUCUAACCAGGCAGAAAGUCCAUUUUGAUGCCCAGAAAGAAGUGAUCAGAGUCCAGAAAAUGUAUGAGGCCUUCACAGAAGCAAAAGAAAUCACAGACAAAAACCCAGAUGACAUUAGCCAGGAAGAAGAGAAAACCCCCGGAGUCAAGACGGGCUUUCUAAACUGGGUGAAUCUGUGGAAAUUCAUUAAAAUUUGACGCUUUUGAUGUUCACGGUCA